UCGAAGCAUCCGUUCUCGAAGCAGCGAAGCGCGGAGAUCCCAUGUCCCUCCAAAGUCUGGGGCGAAUGAUCACACCGGAGAACUACACACUGGAUCUGCUUCAGACGUGCCUUAUCCAUCUACACGGUAUAGUCGUGCCAGCAUCACCAGAACCCACGCCUCCCAGCUUUGGAGAUACGAUGAACAGGUGUGGGGCCGCGUUGAUUUGCCUGACUGAUGUCUUGCGAGUAGCCAUGUUGCUCAGCGAGCCCUUGAAGGAGGCGACCGUCGAGACAUUGCUACGGGAAUUCGACGACUUCAUCAAUGCGACAGAUGGACUCCUUCGGUGGACGAACUGGGAGAGUGUGUACCCCCAAUCGUUCAUCCCACUGGCCAGAUUGCAACAAGCCCUGGAUACCACGUGCCAGGUUAUCGCUUUCUUGAUCAAACUCGAUGAGCGACUCCAGUCCGCCGUGAUCGCCUCAACGAAAGCGAUCGACAUAGCCCUGCGUGUUUGGUGCUGGAGGGACCCGUACAACCCUUCUAGAGUCCACUUGUCGCCCUUCAUGACAGAGUACCGCAUGGAAGAAACGAUCGGUAUGAUCUGCACCUACACGAUGUCCUUCGAAGGUGGCCAGGCCAUCCUUUCAGCGCUCCUCGCUUCUUCGAAUCUGCGCCGCACCUUUGUCAAAGCCUUCUUUGACCGCCUAUCGCAGCUCACGGAAAUCGCAAAUCAGAACCCUGAGCGGGGCGGCGCGGUCAUGACUCAACUCAAGUUCAUGGCGAUGAUUGCGGGGUUUCUCGGGCAACAUAUCACCUUUUACCGCAUGCUUGAGAAACGGGGCCGCUUCCUCGGGAAGGCUUGUGGACUCGCUUCUCAGAUCUGCUCUCGAGGCUUUGGCCUGCCCAUCGUUCCUCCCACCGGAGCUUCGCUCUUUCAUGCAGCCUUUGUCAUGGCUAGCGACACGGUCGCCGCUGUUAUAACUGUUCUUAACAGUGGAAUUUUGGUAUGGAUGCUGAAAGGGAUAUCAGCUGUCCCACAAGCCCCGAGCUUUUCUUCUGUUGAAGCGGCCCUCGAUAAACUGUACGGAUACGCCUUCCAUCACCGGAGUUUGCCUGCUUUAAGCCAUGCUCUCAAAGGGGUGCCGGCGUCCGUCAGCCAAGCAGUCAAACGGAUCGAUAAGGUCGGCACCCUGUACACCGGGCUAGUGAUGGAGGUUGAACGGAACGAAAUUUUAGUGGGGACGCUAGAGCCCCGUGUAAUUCUCUGCGACAAUCCGGCAGAUAACUCAUGA